AUGAAACCAGAAAGUCGCAAAAAGACUAUAGAGGAAGCAAAGGAGGACUCCAAGAAGGCCGAUGCCGAGAGCAAGAAGGACGAGAGUGCAUCUGCCGAAGAAAACGAGGUAGUUUCCUGCAGUCUGGACGAGUCAGACGACUUUCUUUCCUUUUCUGACGACUCCUUUUUAACCUCUGAAACAGAAAGUGACGUCUCAUCCAUUCUGGAUGGAAAACAGGCAUGGGACGACUCAGAUGAUAUUGAGACGAACGAGGACGUGUUGAAUCUGAAAGACGGUGACGUCAAAAAGAGAAUCAAAAGAACUGAGCCAGACAGGGUGGAUCUCAAAAAUAGUGUAUUUGCAGCCAGAUGCAAAAUAAAGAUGCUGAAGGUGUUUGAAGAGGUUGCAAUCAUCGUAGACACGUUCAACUUGGUCUACGUCCUAGACAAAUCCAUGAAGGAGCACAAGACAUACAAAUUCAAAUUUUUUAGAAUAAGUGACCUGGAAUUAGUUGGUGAGACUGUCUACUUUGCAUCUGACUCCUCAGCAGUGCUCUACACCCUCAACAUCAAGACAGGAGCAGUUGAAUGCCUCAGAAAAGGAGUUGGAUGCAUCACAAGGAUACUUUAUUCGCAUAACUCAAAGAAGAUGUAUCUUCUUGGAAGCAGUCUCACACAGGUGUCAUCGAACCUAAUUGUUGAGAACACGUUCCACGAGCAGUUUGUCUCUCUCACCCUCUUCAACGACUACGUUGUUGGAAUGAAGGAGGAUAGGACUCUUCUUGUUCUGGAUGGCAACCUGCAGUUUCUCAGUCAGCUCAGCCUCGAUUCCAAAUUCACGUUCACUGGCCUCUUUUCUGAUAGUCACCACCUGUUUAUUGCCACUGAAACUGGCGUAAUUGCCAUAGACUGCGACCUAAAGGUGGUCAAGGAACUAACCAACACCAAGACUGAACCCACCCUAUUCGCCUACACCCCCAAAUACGUCAUGUAUGCCUCCCAAAUGCAUCAACAAUUCAGAAUACUCAAUGCAUCCACAUUUGUGCCCCUUGACACGUUCUCCCACAAGUCGCUUGGAUUCAAGUCGGUCUCUGGCCUUGGUGCCAGAACCAAUCGAAUAUUCAUUGCAACUGGGAAAGACAUUCUUGAAUACGAAAUAGAUGAAUAA